GUUCGUUCCUGCCUUAGUACCGCGCCGUUCAAUCUCGAGGUCGCUUGCUUUGCAGUUGCGGUUCAGGCUUCCCGGUCGCCGACGCAGCUUCAAGUUCUCGGAGAGGCUGCUACCAUCAAGGGGCGCAUGGUUUCUGUUGGUUCAAAAGUUUUACAAUCGAGAAGGCACAAAGUUCAUAGUUCGGUGGAAGAUAGACCCAUGGGUGAGGAAAAUAGGUCACAUAAGUCAGCGAGAAGGAAACAAGGCAUGAACAGGAGAGCAAAAGAAGGCGAUUUUGGAUCCGGUGGAGAUGGUUUUGGGAAAUCUUCGCAUGGCUCUGGCAAACACGCGAAGUUCUUGAAAGGACAGGAUACUAAGAUUCCUAAAUCCCCAAUUAUAAGGAAACAAGUGGACCCUAUGACGACAAAAUACUUUUCAGAUAUUGCUAAUCUUUUUGAAAGUAAUGAAGUUGAAUUAGAGGAAAGAUCUGUAAUAUGUGGUAAUGCUCUUGAAGAAACUAGAGGCAAAGAAUAUGAACUGGCAACUGAUUACAUCAUAAGCCACAUUUUGCAAAGUCUCCUUGAGGGCUGUGAUGUGGACCAUCUUUGUGGCUUUCUUCGAAGUUGUUCGAGGGUCUUUCCUCUCAUUGCAAUGGAUAGAUCUGGUUCUCAUGUUGCUGAAACAGCUCUAAGGUCUAUAGCUACGCAUCUUCAAGACGAAGAGACCUAUUCUGCAAUUUUGGAGACCUUAACAAUGAUAUGCAAGGUGAUUGUCGAGAACCCUGCUGACUUGAUGUAUAACUGCUACGGCUCACAUGUUCUUCGAAGACUUCUUUGUCUUUGCAAAGGAGUAUCAUUAGAUUCUGCAGAGUUUCAGGGAACGAAGUCCUCGACAAAUGUAGCAGAGCGCUUGAAUCUUAAGACAUCUUGCCCUAAUGAGCAUGCCCAGCAGAAACUUGGCCAUGGAUUUCCAGGUUUAUUGAAAGAUCUUAUCACUGGGAUGCUUAAUUACACUGCAGAUGAUAAGAGCGUGCUAGUUGAUCAGUUUGGCAGUUUGGUCCUCCAGGCAUUUUUGAAGCUAUUAGCGGGGGAUGAUGAAGAGUUGGGGCAGAUGAUACCUAUUCUUCUUGGUUGCAACAAAGAAAAUAUUGCGGAAGGGAACACCAUUGAAACGACUGUGGGGCAUAAAGUGAAAAAUCAUAUGAUAGAAACUUCAUACAGUCAUUUAUUGGAGGUCAUUCUGGAAGUGGCUCCUGAAUACUUGUACGAUGAUAUGUUCAACAAGAUAUUUAGGAAUUCAUUGUUUGAGAUGUCUUCUCAUCAAUGUGGGAGCUUUGUCGUUCAAGCGCUGAUUUCCAAGGCGAGGCAUGAAGAGCAAAUGGAGUUGAUCUGGGGGGAACUUGGAACAAAGUUUAUGGAUCUUCUCGAGAUGGGAAGGUCAGGAGUUGUUGCUUCGCUUAUGGCUGCAAGUCACCGGCUUCACACCCAUGAUUAUAAGUGUUGUCAGGCUAUUGCCACUGCAGUUUGUUCAGCAGAUGACCCCCCGGCAUGUAUUGUUCCUCGGAUAUUGUUUCUUGAUAGUUACUUCCGCUGCCAAGAUCAAUCCAGUUGGAAAUGGCCAGCUGGUGUGAAAAUGCAUGUGAUGGGUUCUCUGAUUCUGCAGGCAGUUUUCAGAUGUCGCAAUGAAUACAUACAGCCUUUUCUCGCUAGCAUUACAUCGAUGGAAGUAGACCAUCUGAUGGAAGCAGCUAAAGAUUCUGCUGGCGCACAUGUUAUUGAAGCUUUUCUUGAUUCAAGUGCUUCUGGAAAACAUAAGCGCAAACUGAUUCUGAAGUUACAGGGACAUUAUGGAGAGCUUUCAAUGCACUCAAGUGGUUAUUUUACUCUUGAAAAGUGCUUCACUGCCAGUAAUGUCUCACUCAGAGAGGCUAUAGUAUCCGAGUUGUCAGUUGUGCGGAAUGAGCUCUCCAGGACCAAACACGGGCCUCACCUCUUGAGAAAGCUUGACAUUCAUGGAUACGCAUCACACCCGGAUCAAUGGAGGUCAAGACAAGCAUCAAAACAGACAGCUUAUAAUGAAUUUCGGGCCAUAUUUGGCUCAAGCGGAACCAAAUCUUCUGGAGAUGACAGCUUUCCUACAGACACUAACACUUCCAAACGAGCAUCACGUACUGCAGACAUAAAGCAAAUGAGAAAAUAUAUUGACUCUCGCCUGAGUUCCGCUGCACCGUCCUUGUUGAAGUUCGAUUUUAAGCAACAUGAAAAAAGAGCUGAACAUCAUAGUUACAAAGGAAAUGACUCGAAGAAGAGAAAGGGUCCUGGUGAAUUCAGCAGUGCCCAUGUUGCCAGUAAAGCUACUGAGAAGGAAGCCGAGAAUGAGAGACCCUUCAACUCUUUUGACAAGUCAGAUAAGAAACGGCGCAGAAAAGAUGACCCUUCAAAGGUUUCUAAAAAGAAACCAAAGAAAUGAUGAUCACUUGGCUUUCCUUUUGCCAGACGUCGUAAUAUCUGCCUUUAAGCUGAAUAUUGUUAAGUUCUUUUAUUGUCUCCACUUUUUGCAUCUUUUUUGUAACCUUAAGUUAUUAAGUCUGUUUAGCUGAGAGUCUGAGACUCUAGUGCUUCCAAAUAGUUGAUGGUCACAUUUCACUGUGUAGCUGCACUAUGAGCACAGAGAAUCAUAUUUCAUAGUAGAAAACCAUGUAUUUACAUUCGUCAAAGAUGGCAUUCUGUUGAGAGUUCCCCCAGACAAAAGAAAUCGUAUUCUUUCACUAUCAA